AUGGUUUUACCUAAACUGUAUGACGCUAAACAGUAUGUACUGGCUCAAGCACCGUUUGAUAAAACAACAGCAAGUGAUUUUUACCGAUUAGUUACACAGUGCAAGCCUGAACUGAUAAUUUUACUUAUGGAUUUGGACUCAUCUAAUGAAGCACAAUAUAUUAUAUCUUUGGAAUCGGAAGUGACAAAAUAUGGUAUAUUCAGCAUAAAAUACAAAAAAAAUGAAAAGAUUAUUCAAUCGAAAGAGAACGUCGAAAAAUACAGUCAUUAUACAAUAACGAUAACGUGGGGAGAGAAAAAUGAAGAAAAGUAUGAUCUAAUCACGUUCAAUACGUGGGUUGAAGAUAAAGUGAUCCCAACGCAGGAUUUUGUAAAAUUUCAUAAAUCGGUGCAUAAAUUGUUAAGUGAUAAGCCACGAGAAUGCUCGCAACUUGUUGUCUGUCCAACAGGUGUUCAUCGUGCUGGUAUUUGGACUGUAUUUGAUAUGGAAGCUGAACGUUUGAAAACUAAAAAUCGAAUUAGAUUUUCUGAUACAAUCAGAAAUGUUCGCAAUCAGCGGUGCAAUGUGAUUGAACAUUUUGAACUAUUUGAUGGCCUUUUAAACCUUCUUGUUGCUUAUGCUAAAAUGCAAAUGUAG